UAAGGCAGUCGAAGUGUGUCGUGUUUGUAGAACGCUUGUAAGAAACAAGAUGAUUGGUAACGAAACACAGGAUUUCACUAAACUGAGCGAUUUCGCUAGCGUCUCUACGGGUGGUAAAGUACUCUUCGCCACUGAUGACUUCUUCGCUGUCAGCGAAAACUUAAUAGCAGAUUCUGAGCCGAUCUUUAUAGCUGAUAAGUACACCGAGUUUGGGAAAUGGAUGGACGGCUGGGAGACUAGAAGGAAGAGAAUACCUGGUCAUGAUUGGUGCAUCAUCAAGCUGGCCAUCAACUGUGUCAUAAGAGGAUUGUUAGUCGACACAGCGUUCUUUACUGGUAAUAACGCGCCGAAGUUUUCCAUACAAGCAGCUUUGUUGACACCUGAAGAAGAGGAACUAAUACCAGAAAGGAAUGCUGGUUCAGCAAGCAGUGAUCGCGAUUUGGAACUGGUAUCGCGACUUCAUUCAGAAAAAUGGAAGGAAAUUGUUCCAAUUACCCCUUUACAACCAGGAUACGAAGAGACACGAAGAAAUUAUGUAAAGGUAGCAAGUGAAAAAGCAUGGACCCACAUUCGUCUGAAUAUUUACCCAGAUGGUGGUAUAGCACGUCUCAGGGUGUAUGGAGAGGCCAGACCUCAAGUCCCACCACCAGAUCAGCUCGUAGAUUUAGUAUCAUUAUUGAAUGGAGGCGUUUGCGAAGGGUACUCCAACGCGCAUUAUGGUCAUCCCAAGAACCUGAUAAAGCCUUUCAAAGGGACUGGAAUGGCAGAUGGAUGGGAAACAGCAAGAAGAAAAGAUAGACCAGAAAUUAUCAGGAGUAAUCCUGAUGGAACUCUGCAGUUUACAGGAGAAGAAUGGGCGGUCUUUAAAUUAGGAUUUCCAGGAAGAAUCCAAAAACUAUCUGUAGACACAGCGCAUUUCAAAGGAAACUAUCCCUACACAGUGAAGAUUGAAGGCUUAAAUUUGGAAUGUGAUUGGUGCCCAGAUGCGAAAUAUAAAUGGCAAAAUAUUUUGAAGCCAAGCAAGCUCUCCGCGAAUAACGAGCACUGGUAUGAACGUAAUUCAGAUAUCAUCACGCAUAUACGAGUGACUAUAUCUCCUGAUGGGGGUAUCAGCAGGAUCAGAGCUCUCGGUUACGUCUCCGAGAUUUAAUUUUAUUGAACUCAGAUGAAGGCUUAUCAAGUGAGUGCACGCUUUCGUAGGAAACGUAAUGUUUCUUUGACUGUGAUUUUGUAUUUCAGACUGAUUUUACCUAUUAAACUUUGGUCUUUUCUGGUGAUAGGAUGUUUGUAUCUAGACAGCGAUCUGCAUGGUAUAAAAAAGCCAUAGUUGUUCACGUUAGUGUGUCACAUUUUGGGAUCAAACUAUGUAUAUAUAUAAAUAAUAAUAAUAAUAUCAGCCCUGUAUUAUAUACUUGCCCACUGCUGAGCACGGGCCUCCUCUACUACUGAGAGGGAUUAAGCCUUAGUCCACCACGCUGGCCUAAUGCGGGUUGGUAGACUCCACACACCUUCGACAUUCCUAUAAAGAACUUCUCAGAUGUGCAAGUUUCCUCACGAUGUUUUCCUUCACCGUUAAAGCGAACGAUAAAUAUGACUAUGUUUAUCCAGUUUCAAUUAGGCAUUCAAUUAUUGUCUUUAAUUAUUCCAAACGAGGGUUCAAACUGGCCAGCAUAAUCGUGAGGAUUGGCGAAAGAUAAUCAUCCCUCGUCAGAAGACGCUAUCUCGACCUCACUUCGUAUACCAUCAGGCGCAGUAGGGUCGCUCUCACAUAACAAUAAUAUAAUAAUAUCAGCCCAGUAUUGGAUACUGUGCCACUCUUGGACGUUCUUACGUGACUGCAAAAAAAAUUAGAUGUGUUAAGUGCUUUCAGGAAAAAUGUCGGCAUUUUUAAUGAACAUACAUAUGUCAACGACACUACAAUGCUGUUGGUUGGUAGUUAUUGUGCUAAUAUUUUUUUUUGUUUCGUCACUGCUAGAAUUAUUUACUAAAACAAAAUAUCCAUGAAAAUUUUUCACUGUAUAUUACUGAUUUAGAGUUAAAAAAUAUAUUCAAACGUAUCACGUCAAUUUUAGUUAUAAAAAAUAGUUUCGUUUAUAUUGAAAAAUACUACGCACUAUACUUUAGACCAAAUUUAUAUAAGCGAUAUUUGACUAACAAAUAUAUUUUUCGUGUAACAAAUAUCAAAGUCAUCAACAAAAACUAAACUUAAUGGCUUCUCUGUUUUUCCUCUACUUUUAUUUUAGUAAGGAAAGCCUUAAUUACUGUGAUCAUGAAAUGUUUGUAAAGAACAUAAAUUAAUCAUAACUUAGAAAACUCUGACAAGGUUUUAUUAUUUUUAUAAGAAUGUAUUUUGUAUCCUUGACAAUAAGUAUUACUUUGUAA